UAGUUCACCAUGGGAUCUAUGACAUUUGUAAAUUAAACACUAACGCUAUAAUUGAACUACAUGCUCAUUUAAAUGGAUCAUUAAGUCGUUCUACCAUGUUAGAACUCAAACGAUAUUAUGCAGAUUCUGGGAUAGCUGAUAACACAAAUGCUUUCAUGGACGAGUUUGAAAUCGGAGCUGGUGAUCCUAGAAAUUUGUCAGAUUGCUUUCAAGUGUUUAGCAUUGCUCAUGCUCUAACCACAACUCCAGAAGCGCUUUCAAUUGCGACAUCUUUGACACUCAAAGAAUUUGAAGACGAUGGCUGCUGUUAUAUUGAAUUAAGAAGCACACCUCGUGAUACUCCUUACAUGAACAAGCGUCAGUAUAUUGAGUCAAUCGUAAUGGCGAUGCAGAAAAGUUGUGAAAAACUUAAUAUCGUUUCUCGUUUAAUAAUUUCAAUAAAUAGAAAUUCACUUGUGCCGGAAGUUGAAGAAAUAAGUUCUUUAGCCAUAGAUUUUUUUAAAAGUCAUCCAGAUGUAGUUGUGGGCAUUGAACUAAGCGGUAACCCAAAUGUAGGAAAAUUCGAAGAGUUUAUACCUUCAUUGAUGAAAGCAAGAGAAGCUGGCUUAAAGAUAACGUUACAUUGUGGUGAGGUUAGCAAUCCCACUGAAAUUAAGAAGAUGCUUUUAUUCAAACCUGAAAGGAUUGGCCAUGCAAUUUGUAUCCAUCCUAAAUUUGGAGGAAAUGACGACAUUUGGUCCCUUUUGUGCGAUUUUAAAAUACCUGUUGAGGUGUGUUUGACAAGCAACGUGAAUACUAAAUCAAUUCCCGAUUACAACUCCCAUCAUUUUAAAGUCUUGUAUGAUGCUGGCAUUCCCUUGAUUCUAUGUACUGAUGACAAAGGAGUUUUUUCGACAUCACUUUCUCAUGAAUACAUGUGGUGCAUGGAAACGUUUGGCUUAAAUCAACUCCAAGUGACUAAAAUGGCUUUUGAAGCUAUUGACUACAUAUUUGCUAGGGGUGAAGUUCGCGAAAUUUUGAAAAGUAAAUUUAACAGCUUUGUUAAUCAAUAGCAGUGUUCUUGUAAAAUACAAAAUUUGAAAAAUAUGAAGUUUAGUAUUACUAAAGUACGUUAUGCCAGUGUUUGAGAAUUUUUAAAUCCCUACACGUAGAACUUAGGUAGAGUACGAUGCGGCACACUCUUUGGACUCUACUUCACGCUAACCUUAAUCGCUUUGAUAUGCCCCGCGUAUCACUAAUAUUGUCAAUUUUCAGAGGAUCUGAAUAAAAUUAAAUUUCCACAAAAAUGUUACAAGAUAGGUAAAUGAAUAGAUAUAUUUUUAUUUAUGCUGCAACACAUACACCAUAACACACCAAAAAUAUCUUAAACAAAAAAUUGCAGUGAAAUUAUUACAUUUCAAAUCUAAAUAUUUUACGCUGGGCGUCAAAGGAAUGAAGAUAAAUUUUAGUUACAUGAAGUGCGUUCUUGACGCUAAAAAAACGCCACCAAUAGCCAACCCAUCGACCACUGACCGUUUUUCGGAAACGACAUUUAAAAUAGUCGUUUAUUAUGAGAAACAAAAUGGCGGGUUUUCGUAGCUACUGUUAUACACUAUAAUUAAUUUUUAGUUUAAUUGUGUCGCGUUAUGAGUUUCUUAAUAAUUUUGUAUCUUUUUAAGUAUCAGCCAUCAGGCUCUAUAGCCAAUGCUUA